AUUUUCGUAUGAAUGUUGACCAAAGAGAAAAAGUGUAAAACGUCAUUUAUGCGACCACGUCAUCAUUACGCGUCAGAUUUAGCAUAGCGGAACGAGUGGUUGAGCCUGCAUCCGACUCGAACGAAAUGGCACCGUCACCCACAAAGCGUAAGGAGGAGGAAAAGUCAAAGGACAGGGGAAAAGAGAAGACUGCCACUAAGGAAGGGGGGGACAAGGAGAGAGGCAGGGAGAAGGGCCACAAACGACGCAGUGCAUCCACUGGGAGCAGCAGCAGCUCCAGCAGCAGCUCUGGCUCCAGCUCUGGUUCCUCCAGCGGCUCUAGUUCCUCUGGCACCAGCCGCUCUGGGUCUUCCCGGUCCAGCUCCUCCAGCUCAUCUAGUUCCUCUGGGUCACCCGACCCCGGCCGCCGCCGCCACGACAACCGUCGCCGCUCCCGCUCCGCGUCCAAAACACAGAAGAAGGGAGAUGACAAGGAGCGAAGGAGAAGGAGCCCGAGCCCCAAGCCCACCAAAGUUCACUUAGGAAGACUGACCAGAAAUGUGACCAAGGACCACAUCCAGGAGAUCUUUGCCACCUACGGCAAGAUCAAGAUGAUUGACAUGCCAGUGGAGAGGCUCCACCCAAACCUGUCCCGGGGCUACGCCUAUGUGGAGUUCGAGACUCCAGAGGAGGCCCAGAAGGCCCUGAAACACAUGGAUGGUGGUCAGAUUGAUGGUCAGGAGAUCACCACCUCUGCCGUGUGGCUCCAAGGAUACGCCCUGCCCUCGUAG